AUGGCAUCAAAGCAGUCAUCUCCCUCAACAGAGGAGCAGGCUUCCUCUGAAAUAGAUGAUCUCUAUCUGUCGCUGCAAGAGCAGCGAGAGUUUACACAGAAGAAAACCUUCACUAGCUGGAUAAAUUCAAUAUUGGCAAAGCGUACACCUCCUUCUGUUAUCACAGACCUCUAUACAGACAUACAGCAAGGACAUUUGCUUUUGGAUCUGUUGGAAGUGCUUUCAGGUCAACAUCUGCCACGAGAAAAAGGAUUGAAUACCUUCCAGUGCAGAAGCAACAUAGAAAAUGCUUUGACAUUUUUAAAGAACAGAUCACUCAAGCUCAUAAAUAUUCAUGUUGCUGACAUUAUUGAAGGAAAACCUUCCAUUGUGCUUGGCCUAAUUUGGACAAUUAUAUUUCAUUUUCAUAUUGAAGAACUUGCCAGGACACUUGCUUGCACUUACAAUCAGCCUUCACGUGAUUGUUCAACUGCUGUUGACUCCUUUCCAAAGGCAAGCCGAUCAGCUAAGAAGAGUGCUAAAAUUAAGGAACGGUGGAAGAUCUCUGCUACAAAGGCUCUUUUGUUGUGGGCAAAAGAACAAUGUUCACUGCAUGGCUCUAUCAAUGUGACUGAUUUCAAGUCAAGCUGGCGAAGCGGAUUGCCUUUUUUAGCCAUCAUCCAAACCUUACGACCAGGUCUAGUUGAUAUGGAGAAGGCAAAAGCUAGAAGCAAUAAAGAAAACCUGAAAGAGGCUUUUAGAAUUGCAGAACUGGAGCUGAAUAUUCCACGGCUUCUUGAACCUGAAGAUGUUGACAUUAUGAAUCCGGAUGAAAAAUCAAUCAUGACUUAUGUGGCUCAGUUUUUGCAAUAUUCCAGGAAUUUGCACGAGUCUGGAGAAGACAUGCAGGAAAAAGUAAGAGAGGCCGUGAGCUGGUUGGCUGCACAGGAGAAGAAGUUAGCAAAGUUGCUGAUCGACACAGAGAAUGAAACAUAUUACCAGAAGUGCAAAGAAAUGAUGUCAUUUAUGGAAGCAUUUAACCAAGAAAAAAACCCCUUUCUGCCUGUGUUGUCAUCAAAAAGAAGUGAAGCUGAGCUGAGUGAAGGCCAACAGCAGAUGAGAGAAGAGUGGGAUAAACUGAUAUCUCAGAUUAACGAAUGGAAAGUGAAGCUGGACCAGAUGUUGCCCUCCCCUCUGGAUAGCAUUGAGGCCUGGCUUCAGGAGACAGAACGUCUGCAGGCAGAAGAUUUGCCUGAUUUGCAGGACCCAUUUAAAGCAAUGUUUGUCUUCAGAGAAAUAAUUGUAACAUUUAAGGGCUUGAUGGAUUGUUUUGAUUCUCACUUGGAAACCCUUCAAUCAUUUAAGAAUGAAGAUGAGAAGAAUACGCCACUAGUCUUGCCUGAAAAGUUAGAGGAAAUGAAAAGAAGAUUCAGCAAUAUUCGCUUCACAAACCCCAACACCUUUCUUGAAUACCACUAUGGACUGUGCUCAGCUAUUGCCAAUGAGGUGAAGUUAAAGCUAAAUAUCUGGGACAUGAAAUAUGGGACGAAAGAGUCUGUGGAAUCACUACUGAAAAAUUGGAAUAAUUUCAUUGAAGAAAAGAGACUUGAAACGCAACUAGAAACUGCUACUCAGAUCUGUGAAGAUUUGAAAAACAAAAACAUAAGCGGUCCUGACUUAGCUGGAGAUCCUCAAGAAAUUAGCAAACUUUUUAAGACAGUGGAGUCAAAGAUUUCUGUGUGCAGAGACUAUAUUUCCAAUGUAAAUACCACCCUACAGAAAGUCCUGUCUUCCUGGAGUAAUUAUACAGAAAACAUCCACUUACUAAAGACGUGGCUGGAAGAAAAACGAAAUGAGCAUCCGAAAGAGAUCCCUGCUGAGACCCUGGCAAAGUGGAAUUCAGUUCAUGGUUCCCUAAAUCAAGCUGGAAACUAUCUCAUCGAAGUCAGCAAAGAGCAAGUUGGAUCAAAUAUUGCCAAAGAGCUGAAGAAACUGAACAGGAGAUGGGCUAAGUUCAUCAAGAGGGCACACUUUCUUGGUGAAGAGAGCACAGAUGCUGCUGAAAAGACCACGGAGCCUCUGGGGAGCCUGGAAAAAAUUGAAGAGCUCCUUGGAGGGGUGUACAGCUGGGCAGCAGAGAUUGAGCACCUGCUUGGCAAGAUCAGUCAUGAGGGGCCUGUGCAACCUGAGAUGGAGGAACAUUUGCAGAGCUUGGCUGCAAGGGGAGCCUCAUGCCAAGAACAAGUUGUGGCAGCAGAAGAGAUAUUGCAAUCCCUGACACAAGAUGUUUCAAGUCAGGUGUCCCAACAGCAUUCUCACACCACUGGGCUGCAGGCACGAAUUAAAGAAGCCAGAAACAAAAUAGAGGCUGUCAUGGGUGACAUGAACAACAUCUUGUCCAAAUCUGAGAAGAGACUCUCAGAGAAGGAGGCUUUGCACAAUUUUGAAGAAUCCCAGGAAGAACUUGAGGCCUCCAUUUCAAAGGCUGUGCAACUUAUCAGUCAAAAAUUAAGUCCUAAAGAAUGUAUUUCCAGAUAUGAGGAAGCUUUUAAUGCACUGGACAAUAAAGUUCUUGACAAAUUUUUGAAAGCAGCUGAACAACUGAAAAAUAUUUCACCUGAUUGUGAAAAGCUGGUAGUGGAAGAAAAGAGUAAAGAUGUUCGUAAAAGAUGGGAGGCAGUUCAUCAUGAAAUUAUGUCCUAUGUCCAACUCAUAGUAGAAAGGGAAAAAAAGAAAUUUAAUGCAACUUUAAAAAAAAUCAAUAAGCAACUAGGCAAAGAGAAGAAACUCCUAAGUAUGGAUAAAACCAAAGGGCUAAUCAAGGAACAUGAGGCCUUUUUUUCACACGAAGGCAGCCUGAGGGAACUUAGCAAGUCAUUAGAAGACCUUAAAAUAUUGGGAAGACUAUCAGAAGAAACUGUCCCAGGCAUACAGACACUGACUACAGACUGUGAACAAAAGCUAGAAAAGCUUCAACAAAUUGUGGCAGAUACUUACACAGCCCUGCUGUCUCGUGCUGGAAAAGGACAGCCAUCUAAGAAAGAAAGCUCCAUUGUUGCUUCUGAGAAUGGAGAAAAGCCUGAUUCUUCUCAACAAAUUGAUAUCCUUUCGGUACAGGAGGUAAGAAGACCUGCUACAGAUACAGUUUUGGAACCAGAUGUGAAACAUCACAAUGGAGAAAGCUACGCAAAGAAAUUUGAGGAAGACAGUGAUUUGCCCAUACCAACUUUAUUAGAGAGCUAUAACACACAAAGAAGUAACCUGGAGGAACUUUUGCAAGUCAGCAGAGAUAAAGUAGCAUCUGGCUUUACUGAUGAAAUAAAAGACACUUCAUGCCUUCAGGAUAAGCUGCUUGAACUACAGGUGAUAGAGAGUGAAACCAAUUCCGGUUGGACACAAUUGGAAAACAUCUCAUCUACCUUAGAAAAUCUUGUGGAUGAAGUGCAGCAGGCUGCUGUCUCUGAGACGAGAAACCAAAUAAAAAGAGAAUGGAAAGAGCUUCAGGAUAUUAUAAGUACCAGAACAAACUCUUUAAGGACUGCUUUGGAAAUUGUUUUGCCAAUAGAAAAUGAAUCCAUUCUUCUUUGUGAAUUAGAUCAGCGGCUGAAGAAAAAGGACAUCCAGCAGUUUAAUCUGAUGAAUAGUGAUCUUGCUUAUAGGGAACUAAAGGAGUUACAGAGAUCCAUAUUAAAUCAGAUUGAAGUAUGCAAACAAUUGGAACACUUAGAUAGUUCAGCAAGAGAUGAAUUUAAUCCAAUAGACCUGCAAGCUGCAAGUAAAAUUAUGAUUUACUAUCAAAACCAGCUUGAAGAAAUGAGCCGUAAAAUGCAGAUCCGCGAGACAGUCCUUAAAGAUCUGGAAGCUUUUAUGGCCUCAUUGAGGAAGAUUCAGUCUUCCAUCAAAUGUCUCACAGAUCCCUCAGGUCAACCUGAAAUUCAGGGAAAAGCAUUAAGAGAGGCUGCACAAGAGGUUUCUCAUAUGGCAGAAGAGGCUAAAUGUUUGGAUGAACGCUUGAAAACAGUUGAUAUCUGUUUGGAAGAUGCUGAAUGUGGGAGAAAGACUUGCUGUGAAAAUCUCGUUCUGACUUUAUCCGGGGAGCUAAAUGCAACUUAUGAUCCUUCAAAUGAACAGAUGCUUACAGAGGAAAAAGACUUAUACCAGAUUUUUUCCACAAAAAAUGGUGAACUCCUUAAAAACAUUCAGGAUCUACGUGACAGAAUUAACAAAAUAGGCUUGAAGGAUCCAACAAUUCCAGCUAUUCAACAAAGGGUAAAAUCAUUAACGGAACUGGAAAAGGAAUUGGACUGUGCUGCGGUUGAAAUGAAACCUAUGCGAGAAAUUGCUAAUAAGCUCCCACAGAUCAAAGAGGAAAAAGCAGAGGAAGCAAACGAACAGUGCAGAGUUACAGAGAGGUUAUGGGAGGAUACAAAACUCUUGCUUGCUGAAUGCCAGGAGCAGUGUGCAAGGGCUCUGGAGCUCCUGAAGCAGUAUCAAAGUUGCAAAACUAGUCUGACCAGCAUCAUCCAGAAACAGGAGAUUGUGCUUUCGCAGCAAACUUCUUACAUGGGGAAGGAGAAUUUGAACAGACUAAUAACAAAGAUUGAAGAGGCAAAAGAGGAAUUUAAUGAUCACUCUGAAGAUGUAGACAAAAUAAAUCAGAUCUGCAAAAACCUUCAAUUCCAGCUCAAUAAAAUGAGAAGCUUUGAGGAGCCUCCGUUCGAGAAUGAGGCUAACAUUAUUGUGGACAGAUGGCUGGAUAUUAAUGAAAAGACUGAAAACUACUGUGAUAAUUUGGGAAGAGCUCAGGCUUUGUGGGAAAAACUUCUUAGUUUAUCUGGCACAAUCGACGCUUGGGCAAAUGCAGAACUUAAGAAUGCAGAAGACCGUUCUCUGACUGAAGAGGACCUUACACAGUUGAAGGCAUGCUUACGAGUCCAAGAGCAGAAACUCCAGAAAUUUGACAACACAGUGGCUGAGAUAGAAGAACUUCUGAAUAGUAAUGAACCUCCACUGGAGCUACAGGUCAUCAGAUCAUCUGUUGUACAAAAAAUGGAGCUAAUCAAAGAGCUCUUGUCAACGAAGCGGGGGACCAGUGAACUCAGCGUGAAUACAGCAGAACUAAAAGGAGACCUUGAUCUGGCCAAGACACAGAUUGGAAUGACUGAAUCACUUUUAAAAGCUUUAUCUCCUUCUGACACCUUAGAGAUAUUUACUAAAUUAGAGGAGAUACACCAGAAAAUUCUGCAACAAAAACACCAUGUGACAUUACUUCAAGAAGAGACGGAUUGUCCUGAUGUGGAUGAAUUAAAUAAGCAGCUUAAAUGUGUCACUGAUUUAUUUAAUAAGAAGAAAGAUGUGUUUCAAGAUCACUUUAUUGGUGUUUUGAACCGUCAGUGCAAGAAUUUUAAUGACUGGUUCAUCAGCACUCAGCUGUGUUUGAAGGACUGCUUUGACCCCUCAGAAACAAAACCUGUACUGGAAGAAAGACUGCAGAGGCUAAAGCACUUCCUAACAUCUGAAGGCAAAGACGGAGAUAUCCAAGAGGUUAAGACUUUAUUGAAUAAAGUGAAGCAUUACCUGCCCAAAGCAAGCAUUAACCACCUUAACAGCCGUGUGAGAGAUCAAGAAGCAGAACUACAAAGAUUGAUCUCCAAAUGUCGGAAACGGGAAAAGGAACUUGGUGAUUCUCUCCAGCAGCUCAGUAGCCUUGAAGAAAGCAGCAUGGUCUUGGAAGAAUGGCUCACUGCUCAGGAAGAAAAACUAAAAGAGAUCAAAAAAGAUGAGACAAAACUUGAAAACUUCUAUAAAACGCUAUUAAUGCAGAGAAAACCAUUUGACUCCGUGGCUCAGCUGGCAAAUUCCUUGAGGGAGGCUGGGCUGGCAGAAUAUGAAACGAUUUCAGAAGCCAGUGAUCUUAUUAGUAGAUACCAGACACUGGCAACACAUGUAAGUGAAAUGGUAGGGAAUACUGAGAGGCUUCUAGUGGAAGGUCAAAAUUUUGAAGAACUUGCCCAGGAUGUUUCUUGCUGGAUGAAGAACCUCGAGGAGGCUGUUAAUAACCUGAGGUCACAGGAAAGUGAGUUGCCAUCAGAAGAAAGGACUAAUCAAAUAAAGGAAAUCACAGCUCUCAAAGAUGCAACAGAGGCCAAAAUACAGAACAUGGUAGCUCUAGGAGAAACUUUAAUGAGAAAUGAGAAAAUGAAGCCAGUAAUUCAGCAGACUAUUUCUGAGCUCCAGAACCAGUGGGAAAGCGUCUGUCAGUUAGCCACUGAAUAUAGAAGCCCUCAAGAGCAACUUCAAUUCAACAGGGAACAAUAUGAGCAAAGCAAAGAAGAUCUGAGACUGGCUUUAACUGAACUGCAGAAACAGCAACAGGAGAUAGGUUUUGCCCUUCAGCCUGGUCUGCAGGAGAAGCAAGUUCAGCUGACAAACUAUGCCGAACUCCUGCAGAAGGCAGAAGACUUAACUUCCCAAUUUAAUGAACUGAAAAGCCAGGAAGAUCACCUACAGGAUCACGCUGGGGUUCCCUCCUUCGCAGAGGUGGAAUGGUUGGAAUUAAAGCACCAACAUGAAAAUCUGCUCAGCCAGCUACAGACCAUAGUGCAGACAUUGGAAAGCCGUGUCCAAGAGCAUCAGCAGUUUCAGGAUAUGGUAGCAGGCCUGAGCACUGAGCUGAAAACUGUCUCUAAGAAGCUUGCUGAUUGCGAAGGUCCAGCAUUGGAACAACCAUCAGCUGAACAAAACAAGUUGAAAUCACAGGAACAACAAGCACCUCUUAGUCGAUGUGAAGACACGUUAAACAAGAUUUUGGUUUUAGCAGAAACUGUUAAACAAAACACCUCUUCACCAGGACAGAAGUUUAUUAAGGAUGAGAUUGAAACACUUCAGAGGGAACACAGGAGUCUGGAAGAAAGACUUGAAAAUGUCAAGCAAAAGGAGGAAAAUAUUUGCAGUGAAGCCCUUGAGUUAAAAGAUGAAUUUGGUAAUGAAAUACAAAUAGAAGAUGAGGCAGAUACAAUGCUGAAGAGAGAGAUACAGAUCACUUCUGAUACUCCUGUCACUGCAGAAGAGAGCCCCACAGCAGUAAAGGAGUCUUUGGAAAUGCAUGAUGGUCAAGAUGUAAAUGGAAAUGUGGCAGAGAAAGACAAGCAAAAUGAUCCACUUUUGGAGGAAAGCAGUGUUUUGUCAGACAGCCCAUUACAGGGUAUCUGUCAAAGCAAGGACAGAUUGGGGCAGACUGUUCAGGGGGAUGCUGAUAAAGAGAGUCCAGGUAUGGACAAACAUGAUAGGGUCCAAGAGGAUGUUCUGGACAAUGUGGUUCAAGGUGGUGAAGCAGAACUGGAAAGGCAUCAGGAUGGUGUUGGUAUUGAAGGUGAUGAAACAAGAAAGGAAACCCAACCAACAGAGGAGAAACCUAGUGAUGUCAAGAAUCAAUCAUAUACAGAAGAUGUGGAGCAGGUUCAACAAAGGGUGUGCCAGAAGAGUCAAGUCCUGAAAUCUGCAGCAGCUGAGAAAGGUGGUCUGGAAUCUAAUCCCCCAGUUUCUGCACAUGAGGACACAGGUGCAGAAGUGGUUGUCCAAAAAGAACUAUUUCCUGGAGUGCAAGUAAACACUGAAUAUUUUGAAGAGGAACAAAAGGUCAAUGAGCUGAAAAAUGAAGUGGCUGAACUGGAUAUUGUGCUCAUAAAUGAACAACUAAAAGAGCUGGAGAAUUUACAAACUGAACUGGAAACAUGGAAAGCAAAAUCUUUGUGUCAUAGUCAAGAAGCAUUUCCCAAUGCAACAGGAUCAAACAGAGCAGAGCUGCAAACCGCAGAGCCUGUGGUGCCCUGCUGGGACAGGCUGCUUCAAGAACUAGAUGCUGUUAAGGCAGUGAAGCAACAACAGUACUGUUUAAUUAAUGAGUACCAGAAAAAUCUUUCUGCUGCACAGGCCUCAAUGAAAAAUUUGUCAACAGAAAAAGAUAACAUAAAAAUGGGUCCUAUGAACAACACAGUUCUUCUGGAGAAAAUUAAGGCAUGCAUAGAGUCCUUAAAAAAAGAAAGAGAUGUCUUAAAUCAGUUGAAAACUCAGCAAGAAAGUUUAUCUCGGCAUUUAACAUGCAUGGAUAAAGUGUUAACCGAAAGCCAAAUGAGACAACUGGAGCAAUGGUGGCAACACAUGGAACAAGCAGUGCAAAAGAAACAUGAUCAAGUUGUGGCAGAAAUCGAUGAAUUUAACCUGCUUAUGAAUAAAGCACAGGAUAUUCAGAGACUGAUACAAGAACAGUAUGUACAAGCAGAGUUGUAUACCUCAUCUGAAGGAAAGGCCAAAUACCCUGUGCUUUGGACCACAGAGCUACAGGACAUUAAACAUGGUCUUUCUCUAUUAAAAAGAAGGAUUGAACUGCAGAUGAAAAGAAUUUGGAGUGAUCAAGAGAAGGUGGCUUUGGAGAAAUCUAUACAUGAUUUGCAGAGCAAAUUGGAAGCCUUAUCAGCGCAACAAACUCCUCGAGAGGAUGUUCAGAUCACUGGUCCUGCUCUCAUGAAACAUGAAACGAUGAAGAGACUCAAAGAAAAUAUUUCAUGGGUCAAAGAUUCACUGACCUCUCUGGAUCAGAAAGCAGCACUUUUCCCCAGCGAUGUUAAAUCACAGAUCAGAAGUUGUCAGCUUAUGAGCACGGAAGUUCUAAACAGAGAACCUGUGAUUGUAUCACUGGAUUAUGGGCUCCAGCACAUUGUUCCCAGCUUGAACCCAGAGGAGAUCUCUGAUAUGACCUUCCUUUUACAAACAUUGCAGAAUUCCUACAAGGCUCUUGUUUUAAAAUCAGCUCAAAAAUUACAGCACCUAGAGCUCCAGCUGGAGGAGAGGCAAAGACUUACUGCAGAAGUAGAAAAAGUUCACUGCCAGCUUCGAAAUGCUGAGAUGCUUGCCAGGCCUGACAUGAACCAAACCAGCACAUGGUCAGAAUUAAUCAAUCAACAAGACAUUUUAAAGGAGAUUUUAAAGGACAUACAGGAAAUAGAAGGGCUUAUCUCAUCCCACUGUAAAGAGAGUCAGGUCAGAGCUGGGGAACUGAGCCUGUCUGAACAACUAUUUUUGAUUGAUCAAUUAAGAAGUCUGAAGAAUAGAGCAAGGAAGACACAGAGACAAAUUCAGAAUAAACUUCAUGAAGUAGAAAAAAAGAUAACUGUCUACAGAGAGUUUGCUGAAGGAAUAACUUCAUUGCAGCAAGACCUUAAUGAUCUACAGUCCGGUGAAAUGAACCUGGAAGAAGAUGAAUUAUUAGGUGUCAAGCAGGAAGUGAAGGAUAAAUGCAAAGCACUUAAAGAAAAAGUAUUAGCUUUUCAGUCCAAUUUGUCACAAAUAAUGAAGUACAAAGAAAUCUUUGAAUGCGUAGGUCUAAAAUGGAACUCAGUGCAGCUGGAUGAAUUGCAAACUAAAUUUUUUAAAAUUAAAAAUAAAAUUAAAGGAAAGAUAAUACGCUUUGAUAAUGUUGUUAGGGAAUGUGAUAAGAUUCAAGCAUUGCUAAAUGAAAUCCAGACUAUGACUUCCACUGUAAGAAAAGAAGCUAAUAUCCUAAAUUAUAGCUCUGGCUCUUCUCCUGCUGAGAAUCUUAUAUCUGCAGAGAUCCUGUUUCAGACAGUUCAACAAAUCUUGUGCUUAACCCAGGAGGUAGCAAAUCAAAUAAACAAAAAUGAGGUCUUUGAUACACCAUUCAAAGAAUCAAAGAGGAAAGAAAUAAAGAGCCUGGAGAACGAUGCUGAGGAAUUGAAUCAGUUUCUUCAAAACUUGGUCUCUGGUCUCCAAUGUGUAAACAAGGAGGAUACCCAGAAUGAAGUAGAACAUAUAUUCCAUGUCAUAAAGCAUAUUCAAUUAGAGCUCCAGCAGCCACUUCUGAUAGACAUAAAAAUAAUGCGGUAUGAAAAGAUGCGAUGGGAAGCAAUUCGGAAUAUGAUGCAAGCAAAGAUUUCUGCUAUUAAAUGUGUAAUGGAAAAAGAGAGGGAAAACCAAGAAGAAAAAUCUCUUGCUGCUGGUAUAGAAAUGAAAUUAGAGACACUGCAAGAUCAUGAAAUACAACUGAAGACAGAUAUUACUGCACGUGUUAAUGCUCUGGAGGAAGCAUGUAAGACUGGUGAGCUUUAUACCAAGUCUAUUCAGAGGGCUGCCAAGUUCCUUGAGGACUAUGAAGCUCGAGUCAAGUCUGCCACAGCAGAGCUUGGUAGCUCAGAGGAGGUCUGUCAUACCCCAAAAUGGAAACAAGAAGAGUUCAACUCUGCAAAGGCUAACAUAGAAAACCUGUACUCCAAGCUGAAAAACCUAGUGAAACCAGAAGACAAAAUAUGUUUGGAAAAUACUUUAACAGAACUAGUCAAUAAAAGUUUGGCUUUAAGGGAGAAGGCUCAAAGGAAGGAAGCUGAUGAACAGAGGUAUUUUGAAAAAUAUAAAAGCUACACAAAAACCAAAGACAAGGUGUGUGAUAAUCUUAACAGACUGGAAAAGAUGCUUAGACAGUCUUUGUGUCGAAUACCGAUGUCUUAUAAAGAAGCUUUGGAGCACUUAGAAGAAAGCAAGAUUUUAGUCUCCAACAUUGACUCGGUGGAAGAUGAUCUUGUGAAGCUGAGGCAGGUCUCUGGAGAGCUGAUGAGAUUAUGCAAGAGAAGUGACAGGGCACUGGGCAGGACUGUAACAGUGCUGUGGGAAAAUUGGCUGGGUUUGGAAUGGAAAUACAUCAGUGAAGAGCUGGAACGAGAAACAAUAAUUCUCGAUAAGCUCCAGGAAGAACAGCCAGAAAGUCUUAAAGAGAAAGAAAAGGCCACCAGAGAGGAACUGGUAGAAUUACUAGAUUUUGUGAACUCAUUUGAGGAAAACAUCAACCAGCAACAGCUCCUCUUACUCUUACUUCUUCACCGAAUAAGAAACAUCCUGAAUACAUCUGAAAAUACUGAGGCAGAAGCUGCCCUUCCUGCCUUAUGUGAGAUAAAGGCAAUGCAGGAUCGCUGUAAGAAGUUGUAUGAAAAGAUUCAAGAUCAUAAGGAUUCUGUACAAGCUGAGAUUCAAGAGAGGAACAAGAUCAGUGAAGAAAUAAGUGCUGUGACAAACACAUUACAAAAUGCUGCAUCUGUGUUAGUACAAGAUGCUAGUGGAAAGGCGGGACAACUGGAGGAGGUUCAGAGUGUGAUUGGUAAAGAAAGUCAAACUCUAAAGGAUAUCAUGGAGAAACUUCGGAUCAAGUAUUCUGAAAUGUAUACAAUAGUUCCUGCAGAGAUCGAAACACAGUUGGAGGACUGCAAGAAAGUAUUGCAAGACCUAGAAGACAAGGUUAGCUUUGAAAUCCUGCAGGGCUCUCCUCAGUAUGUGCUGAAAAGAAAAGCAGAAACUAUUAACAAUGGCCUUCAAGCCAUUGAAAAGAUGUUACAACAGAAGAGUGAAAACAUUGCAAAAGCCAAAGAAGUUCAGAAGCAAAUCUGGGAUAUGCUAGACCUUUGGCAUUACAAACUCAAUGAACUGGAUGCAGAAGUCCAUGAUAUAGUAGAGCAGGAUUCCUGCCAUGCACAGGAGUUGAUGGAUAUCUUAGUGAGCCCCCUUCAGCAGCACCAACAGGUCUCGCAACUUGCCGAGCGCAGGACUGCCAUUUUAAACAAGGCUGCCAACAAGAUGGAAGAAUAUGACGACCUCUUGAAGAAUGUGAAAGUUUGGAUAGAAAACACUAACUGCUUGCUAAGAGCAGAUGCUCAAAAUGACUCUGCAAAAAGCUUACGCAGACAUACUAAUGACCUUCAGAUGGCUUUGGAAGACUUGGAGCAAAAGCAAAAUCUUCUACACAGUGUUUACUUGGAGCUGGAGGAGCUAACACCAGUCUUUGAAACAGACAGUGUAAUGCAACAGCUAAAUGAAAUAGAUGAUGAAGUAGCAACUUUACAGCAUGAAAUAGCUGAGAUUCUUCCACAGAUCCAGCACGUGGCUGAUGAAUUGGAUGCCAUUGAAUCUCAUGUGAAAGUGUUUGAGAAGGAAAUUGCCAAAAUGAAGACAAUCCUAUCAUCAGAAGAUCUGUUAGAAUUUUCUCCUAAAGACCAACUUAAACAUGGACAGGUUAUACUUGACCACGUUGGUCCCAUGCAGAAGACCAUCAUUCAUAUACAGUCCUACGAAGAAGCACUUCAGCUACCAGGGGUGAAAAUGCAACCUUUCUCAGUCUUCCAAAGAACAAGACAACUCUUGAGAGAAUUGAAGAAACUAGAAAAAAUUACUAAGGAACAAAAUGACCUACUGGAGGAAGCUGUAAAGAAAACAGAAGAGUGUGAGCAAGAAAUUGAAAAGUUGAAACAAUUCUUAAAGAACCACUUGGUUGAAAUAUCAAAUGAAGAUCAACCCCUGGCUCAGAAGACUCAUUGUCCAGAGGGAGAAAUGGAAGCUGUAAAAGAAGAAAUCAUAAAGCUGUGCCAAAGAAAGGAAGAUAUCCUUACCGAGACGAAGAAUUCAAUGUCUGAGCUUCACCAGCGCUUACAGCAAGAAGUGCCUGAAUCAGGAGAUGAACCCACAGCCUCUGUAUUAGCACAAAGUGACUUGAUUGGGACUGAUGUUUCUGGUCAGCAGCUGAAAAAAAGAGGGAUGAUGUCUCUUCUGCCUUCCUUAGAUGAAGAAUCAGAAGACUAUUCUUUCCACAGCAAGGGAAGUACAGCCACAGAGAAAGAUGCAAGCUUUUGGCCUUCAGAAAGAGAUGAUGAAAGGCACAAGGAAGACAGUGCAACCUCUUGGUCUUCUGGUACCUUGUCGGAUGGCGUCAUUCAGGAUGCUGAUGAGAUAAUGCAAACACACAGUAAAUGUGGUGAGGAAACAUCUAUGCAAACUUUGCAGAGCACUGAAGGCCCUGGCACAGGUGACGGCAGUCAGGCUAUGAGCAACACGCCACCUCCUGUCCCCAACACCACCCAGGGCUCUCGAGGGAAAGCAGGAGACUCAGAGGAAGCGGUGGAUGGCGGUAGGCCUGAGCCAGAAACGAUCCUCCAGGUGUGCCAGGCCCAGGUUGCUGAGCUGGAACAAUGGCUAGACAAAACUAAAUUGUCCCUGAGGUCAGACCCCCAGACCCCCAAAAUGCAGCAGAUGGUGGAACUGCAACUUGCUGAUUGCCAGGUGAUGCUAUCAGAGAUUGAACAAAAAGUCCUUUCUUUACUGGAAGAUUGUGGAUAUAGUGCAGACUACCAACAAGAGACAGAGGCUCUUUCCUUGAAGCUGAAGGAAGUGAAGUGCAAUUUGGAAAAAGUCCAGGUGAUGCUUCAAGACAAAUACAAUGAAGAGCAGAUUCACAACAGGGAGAGGAUCGACCCAGAGCCCCUUGAGAUCCUACACUCAAACGGGUCCAGCAUGCCCCAGCUUGCCCUUGCUGAACAGCCGCUUGUUUGGCACAACGGUUUCCAGCACCCACAGGAUCUGAAAGUAAAAGCAGCUGAGCAGAAAAGCCUCAUUGACUUCAUUGAGUCUUGUGUGGAAAAAAUGCAGCCACAGUUUGAGGACAGCGUGACUCAGAAAUUGGACUCAAGCAAUGGAGAAUCUGAUCCAAAGAGCAAGCAGGGUGAUCCCACCUUAGCUCCAAAGGACCAAACGGGUAAUAAAUGGCAAUAUUUACAACAAGAGCUGUCAUCAAAGAUGAAAUCUCCUCUCUGCCAGCUUGUGGAACCUCAGAUUACAGCAAAGAUGAACAUGCUGCCCCGAGGCACAUUUGCUAGUGCAGGAACCCCAACUGUGGAAGAACUGAAAACUUACACUGUCCAGCUGGGAGACCUAAGCCAAGAAGCAAAUGUGGUGCAUGCACAGGAUAAUGUGGCAGAGGAAGUCUCUUCAAAUUUGGACAGAAAAUUGUUUGAGCUGCUUCUGGCAAUCAGCCGAUGUUUGAAUAAUAUGGAGGAGAUGUUAAACACCUCAGUCCUCUCCACCGAAGAGGCAGCAGUGCAGCAGGCUCUUUAUGAGACUCUUUCUGUCGAGCUGCAAAAACUUCACGCUGAUCUGAGUGAUAAAAAGGAUGAUCUUCUAAAGUCUAUUAGCUGCGCUGGUGGGAGCACAGAUGUGUUCUGCGAGUGCUUUAACAACUUGCAGGCGCGGCUGGAACAAACUCAAGCUGCCACUGCUUCAAGGAGCAGCUCAAUGAAAGCUGGACUGGAUCAUAAUAGCAAUUAUCAGAAUGAAACCAGGCUACUCUAUGAUCAGUUAAUUGAGAAGAAAGCUACUCUGCAACAAUGCCUGAAUGCAAUACGUGGACAUAAUGUUUCUGAACAGCUUCAGAAAACUGAUGCCUGUGCUUUGGAGCUGCAAAACUUUGAAAACCAAGUAGCAAAACUGAGAGGCCAUGGGGAAAGAUUUCAGUUACCUAUCACCUUAAUCCAGGAAGCUUAUAAAUUAGAGGAUGUUUUGGAUGACAUGUGGGGGAUUCUGAAAGCAAAGUAUGUGGAACUGAACUCUCCUUCCAUCAGUGAGAGCCAGUAUGAGGACUUACUUCGUGGAUUUGCAGAGCUGGUAGCUAUUGGACGAGAGAAGAUUGCACAAGACCCAAAGCAGCUAACAAAAAGCAGAGCAGCUCUACAAUCUCACUUGGAAAAUCACAAGGACUUUUUCCACAACCUCAUGACCCACAUGGCUUUCAUGCAAAUAUUUACCAAGAAGGUGACUCCCUCCAUCCUACAAAAGAGAGAGGAAUUCUGGAGAGAACUGGUGAAUGAAGUCAAGUUGCUGGAGCAGAAGUCCUGCCAGUAUGGUAUACACUUAGAGAGCCUGUUAAAGGAAUGGGUGGAAUUUGAUGAUGAAUGCCUAGUUUUCAAUAAGGAAUUAGAGGCACUUUCCUCUACAUUGCCUUCUGUGAAUUUGGUUGAAGAAACAGAAGAAAGAUUAAUGGAAAGGAUUGCACUUCUACAGGAAAUCAAAAGUGGUGUUGAUGAAAAGCAUGCCAGGCUGUACCAGAUGGUGAAAGAAGGGAAGAAAUUGCUGACUGCUGUGAGCUGUCCAGAAAUAAGAAGCCAGAUUCGGAAGCUGGAAGAACAGUGGUUGUCUUUAACCAAAAAAGUUGGUCAUGAACUACACCGACUUCAGACAUUACUCAAACUCUUGGUCAGCUACAACAGAGACUCAGAGGAAUUAAUGGAAUGGCUGGAUUCUGCUCAGCAGAGAAUGAAUUUUUGGAAGGAGCAGUCUCUCAACGUGUCACAAGAUCUUCCCACCAUCAGGGAUAACAUCAACAGCUUGUCUACAUUCUCUAAGGAAGUUGAUGAAAAAUCUUCCCUGAAGUCAUCUGUGGUGAGUGCUGCCAACCAGCUCUUCCAUGUGAAGCAAGCUGAUACUGCAGCACUUAGGUCAUCUUUGGCAAAGUUUGAGCAAAAAUGGGGAGAACUGAUUAUACAGCUCCCAGCCAUCCAAGAAAAGUUUCACCAGCUUCAGAUGGAAAAACUUUCAUCGCGGGAAGCUAUUGCUGAACUAAUGACCUGGCUGGACCAUGUGGAACAACAGCAGGGACAUGAGGAGCCAAUAAAUGCGCAACGUAGUGCUGCCCAAGUCCGAAGCCUCCUUCAGAAGUACAAGGAAUAUAUGAUGGAAAUGAACUUUAAACAGUGGAUGGUAGAUUUUGUUAACCAGUCACUCUUGCAAAUGAGCACUUGUGAUGUGGAAAGCAAGCGGUAUGAAAGGACAGAAUUUGCCGAGUGUCUUGGAGAGAUGAACCUGCGGUGGCACAGGCUGCAGUCUUCUCUGAACAGAAAGAUACAAGACCUGCAACACAUUUUGGAGGAUAUUACUGAAAAUGAGAACAAAGCACAGACUCUACGCAACUGGCUGGAAGCUCAGAGUGACCGACUGAGAUCUUUACAAACCCCAGCAAGUCUGAUCUCUGCACAGAACACAUUAGAUGAUUGCAAGGAGCUAGAAAAUCAACUCAUCACUAAAUCCAAAACUCUUGAUGAGCUCAAACAGAGUUUGGCUUUGAAUGGUAGUGCAGAACAAACCCCAGAAGCUCUGUCUCUCGGGAUAGCUGAGCUGUGUGAAAUGAUGGACAGCACUGAAAGCCAGGUUGCACAGUUAAAGACCUCAAUGCAGUCAAUACUGGAGCAGUGGAAACUAUAUGAUGAAGUUUAUGCAGAAGUCAGCCUGAUGACAACAAGAUAUUUGUACUCCAUAGACCAGUGCAAACCUUCUGUGGUGUCAUUGGAAGCUUUGAAAAACCAGGUCAAAACUCUCCAGUCUCUUCAAGAUGAAUCGGAGAACAGUGAAGGAAGUUGGGCCAAGCUCCAGGCUGCUGCCAGCAACCUGAAGAAGAACUGCUCCCCCUCCUUUGCAGAGAUUAUUGAACAGAAGUGCACAGAGGCACACUCUAGGUGGAACUCAGUAAAUGAAGACAUCACAGACCAAUUGCGGGCAGCACAAGCAACCCUGCAGCUUUGGGAGCCCUUCGAUACUUUAUGCAGUGAGGCAGAAGCCAAGCUACAGCAGCACAAAGAGCAGUGCACUCAGCUCUUGGAUGCUCACAUGCCUGAGGAUAACAUGAUAGAAACCCUGAAGCAGAGGAUACAGGAUAUAAAGAAUUUACAGCAUGGCCUUCAAAACAUAACAGGAUGCCGUACCCAGAUUUCUUUGCUGGCUGAUAGGAUAAGACAGCAGUCUGGGACAGCUGCAGAAGCCACUCUGUUGGAGAAGCUGCAGACGCUCCAGAGAGCAUCCUAUUUGGAAAAGAUGUUGCAGAGGAAGUUAGAUGAAUUUGAGUUCAAUCUUUUACAACUGGAGGAUUUCAAGAACUGCCUUGAAACACUGGAGGGUCAUGUCAAGAAUUGCACAGAGGCCUUCGAUAGUCUCUGUCUAGAGGGAGAAACGGACAACUCAGAAUUGCUCAUGAAUCACACACUGGAGCUUGCUGCACUUUCUCCAAGCAUAGAGAGUUUGAAUGAAGCAAGCAUUAAGGUGCCACUCAGUGACUUCACCCUGAAGAAAAUGCAGAGCCUGACUCGGCAAUGGAGUCAGAAAACAGCAGCUGCUCUGGAACGCUGCAGUGUGCUUGAGGGAACUCAAAAUGAUGAAAAGAAAUUCUUUCAGAAAUGUGAAAACUGGAUGAAAUUCCUAGAAAAAAUGAAAGAGGCCUUAAAAACAAACAUUCCAGGGCAAUUUGAAGAACUGCAGGAGCAACAGAGAGUAUAUGAGAUGCUGCAAACUGAGAUUUCCAUAAAUCAGCAGACAUUUAAUUCUAUCAUAGCAAAAGUUCUACUCUUCUUGGAAUCUGGAGAAGCAGAGAAAAGAACAGAGUUUAUUUCCAAGCUCACGUUGCUGAAAGAGCAGUGGCAGAAUGUUAUCCGGAUGGUGAGUUCCCUACAGAGUCUCAGCAGAUUUCUUGCUGAUACAAACGGCUUCCUCAUAGCUGUGAAGAGCCAGGACUGCUAUAGCCUUUACCAGCUUAGAAAUCUAAUUCACGAUUUCAAGUGUAAGGCAGUGGUUCUUCAGAGGUGGCAAGCCAUGUACUCCCUAAUCAUCGAUGUCGGGGAGAAGUUACGCACGGUCUCUGAUCCCGAGACCAACGCGCUUCUCCAGGAAGAGCUCAGCCAGUUACAGCAGAGUUGGGGAGACACCCAGGUCCAGCUGGAGAAGAAGAAGAUGCAGCUCAGCAGCACCCUACAGACUUGGGACUGCUGCGAGAAGCAAACCAAGGAACUAGAAAGCAGGCUGCAAGAGCUAAAGGAGAAAGUAAAAGAUCCACUUCCAGUCGAACAUGAAGAUGUCUACAAAGCCAAGGAACACAUUAAGGAGCUGGAGCAGUCGCUGGCAGACUGGGCCCACAACAUGAAGGAGCUGCGGGCCAUGAAGGUGGAGCUGGCUCACUGCAUCCUCACCGAGGACAUGAUGGUGCUCAAGGAGCAAGUUGAACAUUUGCACAGGCAGUGGGAAGAGCUCUGCUUGCGAGUGUCUCUGCGUAAGCAGGAGAUCGAGGACAGGCUCAAUGCCUGGAUUGUGUUCAAUGAAAAGAAUAAGGAGCUGUGCUCCUGGCUGGUACAAAUGGAAAGUGAAGUGUUGCAGACUGCAGAUGUUAGCAUUGAAGACAUGAUAGACAAAUUGCAGAAGGAUUGCAUGGAAGAAAUAAACCUGUUUAGUGAAAAUAAGCUUCACUUGAAACAAAUGGGCGAUCAGCUAAUCAAGGCUAGCAACAAGAGCCGAAUUGCAGAAAUAGAUGAUAAACUCAACAAAAUCAAUGAUCGCUGGCAGCAUCUCUUUGAUGUCAUUGGAGCACGGGUGAAGAAACUGAAGGAAACAUUUGCUUUUAUACAACUAUUGGACAAAAACAUGAGUAACCUUCGCACGUGGUUGGCCCGGAUUGAGUCUGAGCUUUCCAAGCCUGUUGUUUAUGACAUCUGUGAUGACCAAGAAAUCCAGAAGAGACUGGCAGAACAGCAGGAUCUGCAACGAGACAUAGAGCAACACACUGCAGGGGUGGAAUCCGUGUUUAAUAUUUGCGAAGUCCUGCUACACGAUUCAGAUGCAUGUGCUAAUGAGACAGAGUGUGACUCCAUCCAGCAAACUAGCAGGAGUUUGGACAGACGGUGGAGAAACAUUUGUGCCAUGUCUAUGGAAAGGCGAAUGAAAAUCGAGGAAACCUGGCGCCUAUGGCAGAGGUUUUUGGAUGACUAUUCUCGCUUUGAAGAUUGGCUGAAAUCAUCUGAAGGGAUAGCAGCUAAGCCUAAUUCUUCAGAGGUUUUGUACACACAUGCAAAGGAGGAGCUGAAGAAAUUUGAGGCAUUCCAACGGCAAAUUCACGAACGACUCACUCAGUUGGAGCUGAUCAAUAAACAGUACAGGCGCCUCGCCCGCGAGAACCGCACCGACUCAGCCAGCAAGUUGAAGCAGAUGGUACAUGAAGGCAACCAGCGCUGGGAUAAUCUCCAGAAACGAGUCGCUGCCAUUCUGAGGAGACUCAAGCACUUCACCAAUCGGAGAGAUGAGUUUGAGGGCACCAGGGAGAGCAUCCUUGUUUGGCUCACAGAAAUGGACCUCCAGCUGACAAACGUGGAGCACUUCUCCAAAAGUAACUUUGAUGACAAAAUGCGCCAGUUAAAUGGUUUCCAGCAGGAAAUAACACUAAACACCAAUAAGAUUGAUCAGCUAAUCGUUUUUGGGGAGCAGUUGAUUCAGAAGAGUGAGCCUUUGGAUGCUACCCUGAUUGAAGAUGAAUUGGAAGAACUUCAUAGAUACUGUCAGGAAGUGUUUGGGCGAGUUGCCCGGUUCCAUCAAAGACUGACUUCAAGACAUCCUGGAUUGGAUGAUGAAAAAGAGACCUCUGAAAAUGAGACAGAUCCAGAAGACUCCAGAGAAAUCCAGAAUGAUCUCUGGCAUAAGAAGGCCAUCAGUGAGGGUCCCUCUUCACCACAGUCCCUUUGCCACCUUAUGCCCCCUACUCAGGGUCAUGAAAGAUCAGGCUGUGAAACCCCUGUCAGUGUUGACUCCAUCCCACUCGAGUGGGAUCACACAGGUGAUGUGGGAGGUUCUUCCUCUCAUGAAGACGAAGAAGAAGCAACGUACUACAGUGCUCUGUCAGAUGUAGAAAUCACUGAAAAUCCUGAGGCAUAUCUUAAAAUGACCACAAAAACUUUGAAAGCAUCUUCUGGAAAGUCUGUUUCAGAAACUCAUCCUUGGCAUUCUCCAGAUAGUCCGGUCUCCAGCAAACACCGAUACAACCAGGCAGAGAUGGUUGGAAAUGUGUUGUCGGGUCCAGAGACAAGUACUCCCUUUAAGCCAGACUAUGUGAAGCAGCUCAGCUCUGCGAGCAGCAGCAGCAGCAACAAGGAGAAAAUGAUGCCUGCUAACAUGAGUGAUGAAGAUCCCCAAGAUGACCAAGAGCUUGUGAAUAUCGCAGCUGCAGAGAAGCAGUCAGGCAUUAUUGAUAGGUGGGAGCUCAUCCAAGCUCAAGACCUCAGAAAUAAACUUAGGAUGAAACAGAAAUUGCAGCAGUGGCAGCAGCUGAACUCAGAUCUCAGCGAUGUGUCUGCUUGGCUUGAUAAAACUGAGGAAGAGCUGGAAGAGCUGCAAAAAGCGAAACCUCCAACCACCAUGCAGGCCUUGGAACAAAGGGUCAAGAAACUGAAAGACAUGCUUAAAGCAUUUGAUAACUACAAGGCGGUGGUGCUUUCUGUUAACCUGAGCAGCAAAGAAUUCCAGAAAGCAGAUAGCACAGAGUUCAAAGAGCUUCAGAACAAGCUUCGGAAGGUGAACUUGCAUUGGGAGAAAGCAACUCAUGCAUUGGACAACUGGAGGAAAGGUUUACAGCAAGCCCUACUGCAUUGCCAGGACUACCAUGAUCAGAGCCAAAAACUAAUCCUGUGGUUAGCAAGUGCUGAUACCCGAAGGAAUGAAGCACAAAUCACAGACCCAAACGCUGACCUCAAUACAAUACUGGAAUGCCAAAAGGAGCUAAUGCAACUGGAGAAAGAGCUGCUGGAACAACAGCUUAAAGUAAACUCACUUCAAGAACUCACUGCUUACCUGCUGCUCAAAUCAGAUGGUGAUUACAUUGAAGCUGAUGAGAAGGUCCAUGUAAUUGGAAAGAAACUGAAACAGCUUAUUGAACAAGUUUCACAGGACUUAAAAGGAAUACAAGGAAAUCUGGAUACCAGAGCAUGCCUGCUAGUUCCAGAUGACUUGGACUCAGGAGACUAUAAUCCAGUCACACCGAAAUCCAGCCCUGCUGUGAAGAAGAUCACCGUAAGGAGAACUGAAGAUGGCAGAAGCAGCAGCAGCACAAGAGGUGAAAGCCAUCCACAACCUAUUCAAGCAAUUCCUCGGUCUCCCUCCUUCUUUUACCGUGUAUUACGAGCAGCUUUACCUCUUCAGUUGUUCUUUCUACUGCUUUUACUUCUGGCUUGCAUGAUUCCAUCUUCUGAAGAAGACUACAGCUGCACCCAGGCAAACAACUUCGCCCGUUCUUUCUAUCCCAUGCUGCGAUACACCAACGGGCCUCCACCAACUUAG